AUGGCCCAGACACCGAACGGUAAUGGGUUCAAAAUGGACGUCCCCAAGCCAAAGGGGGUUGUGGGUAAGGAGGAAGCCCUCCGCAUGGAAGAAGAGGCAUUGGCUAAAUUGAGACGGGAGAAGAGACACACGGCUUCGGUUUUGACCCCCUCGCCUUCCCCGAAACCUUCGAGGGUCGCCGCUCCCACUGCUGCUCAGCCUUUGCCGUCUGCUACCGCACCCGUCAAGGACCUCAUCGUCUUCCCAGAAACCAAGAAACAAGCAGAGGGGGACAAGUUCAAAGACAUCGAUGUGGAGAAGUUGACUAACGAGGAGCUGGAGAAGCUCCUGCUCGACGACAACUUUGGCGUCAACAGCAAAGCGCCCCGCCCCUCGGCGCUGCUGGGGUUCAACCUCAGCGCCUCUUACCCCGGUGGCAAUCCCUGCAGUUCCUCUCCUUUCCAGAGCAGUCAGUGGACAUCGGUUCUGCCCGCCCAGUCCAGUUCUAGCAUUAGCACUCCCACCCAUCAAGCCAGCCCACUCUUCCCUUCUGCUCCAUUUCCCAAACCAGGCACGUUUCAAAAUGGUUUCACUCCACCCAUGUCGUCCUUCAUGGCCCUUCCGCCUCAGCCGACAUCCUUCAUGGCUUUACCCCCCAUCCAGGCUCCCGCCCCCAUGGUCUUCCAAAAACCAGCCGUGGACCCGGAAAUGGCCAAACUGUUCGACAAGAUCGCAAGCACCUCGGAAUACUUGAAGAACGGCAGAUCCUCCUGCGCCGAUGUGGAUUCUUCCCAAGUGGGCGCAGCCUCUCUGGCGCCGAACCCGCCGCCCCCGCAGGCGGCGGCUGUGGAGUCCUCUCAAGUCCGGCGCUUUGAGUGGCUGGACCUGGACCCGCUCACGAAACACAAACCCGAGAACGAGGAAGCGUCCGCGGCGCCAGGGAGCGACGCGCAGGUCGCCCCCGGGGUUCCUGCGGGGGAUCCGUGGGACGCGGUGCUCGAGACGGAGGGGAGCAACGUCGGUCGCAGCGCUAGCCCCGCCCUGAAGGGGAAAGUCUCGCAGACAGCUCAGUCACCGCAAAGGAGGACUUCAACCGGAAUACCUGUUACACGGAGCCACUCGCUCAAUAUCCCCGGGACGUCUUGCCAGCAGAAACCAAACAAUCAGGGAAAGGGGAAAGGUUUGGUGAAGAACGCUGUGCUGGAGGAACAGGACGCCCAGAACCUGGAGAUUGUUACCUUUUGUAAAGACUUGGCAAGCCUACGUUCCAAAUUCCCUCAUGAAGACACUGAAACCAACCCUGGCUUCGUCCUCAGCCCCGUCAUCGCGCAGAGAGAGAGCAGACCUGACAAUAACUGCUCUGUCAAGGUUUCUAUCGAAAUCCCUGAAUCACAGCAGCCUGUAACUUUCACCUGUGAUGUGAGUUCUCCAGUGGAGCUGUUGAUCAGUCAGACUCUUUGCUGGGUCCAUGAUGACCUGGACCAGGUGGACUUCUCCAGUUAUUUGCUCAAAGUCUGUGGUCGGCAGGAAGUGCUGCAGAAUAAACACAGCCUAGGCAGCCAUGAGUACAUCCAGAACUGCCGGAAGUGGGAGAAUGAGAUCACGCUACAGCUGCUCUCUCACUCGACCAUGAGGAGGGACUUGGGUCGAAGCGCAGAAGAUGAUACCUCUCGAAUCGACCUCGAGAAACAUCUCAGCAACGUGGACAGGCCUUUUAGGGAGAAUGUCACCAGACAAGGUCUCGCUGACUAUCUGGAGGGUUAUCACAACCAAGUCAACAUCUGCUUAGAAAAUGAGAGUACCCAGUACAAGACGGUGGACCGGGUGGUGCAGACCGUAAAGAACCUGUGCUGUGCUCUAGACGAGGUGGAGACCCAGUCCAUCACAGAAGCCAUUAAGAGACUCCGUCACUCCGUCAAUUUAGCCCGGACACGCUCACCCAAGUUGGGGUCAACAUCACCUGGUCAGUCAUCAAAUAGUGGCUCUAGUCCUGUGGAGGAGAGUAUGGCCUUGCUGACAAAGGCCGUCUACGACCUGGUCAAGCUCUACCUGCGCUCCUUCUGCCCUCCGUCGCCGUCCUUCAGCUUACCCGCUUUGGGCCAGCCUGCAGAGGAAGGUGGCGCUGUAGAAGGGAGGAGAAGCAAAGAGGCUUCUGGCACCACAGACCACCUUCAGUUCACUCUGUUCGCGUUGCACGGCAUCCCAGGCCACUGGGUCAGCAGCUAUGAGAAGUACUUCCUGAUGUGUUCGCUCACCCACAACGGGAAGAACCUGUUCAAACCAGUCCAUUCCAGGAGAGUGGGCACGUAUAAAAGCUUUUUUUACCACAUCAAAUGGGAUGAACUGAUCAUUUUCCCCAUCGCUGUAGCAGUGCUCCCGCUGGAGUCCACGCUGACUCUGAGUCUGUUCGGGGUGCUCAACCAGAAUGCCAGCGGCUCACCAGAUUCCAACAAGCAGCGGAAAGCCCCAGAGUUUUUAGGCAAAGUCUCUAUGCCCCUGUUUGACUUCAGACGAGUGCUUGCACGAGGCACGAGGUUCUUAUGUCUGUGGACAUCUGCUCAAGGAGCCGCUGGCGCUGCUGGGGCUACAAGUAGCCGCAAGAGGCUUCCUGCUGAAAGGAUCAUAUUACAGGUGGACUUCCCCAACUCAGCAGUAGAUGUUUUAUAUGUCGGACCCAAGGAGGCCCCCAGCCCCGAGCCGCACACACUGGAAGAGCUGGAUCCAGACCUGAGACGGAAGCUGGAGAAAAUCUGCAGCCGAGCCUCGAAUUUUGGGUUAAAGCGGUCAGACCACCAGGUCUUAUGGGACCAUCGGCUCCACUGUCGUCGGGACCAUCCCAGCAGCCUCCCUAAGGUCUUGGCCAGUGCGCCCAGCUGGGACUGGGCCAGCAUGGCUGACAUCCACUCCCUGCUGCACCACUGGCCCUCUCUGCCCCUAGUCACUGCACUGGAGUUACUUGACUCAAAGUUUGCAGAUACUGAAGUGAGAAGUGUGGCUGUAAGCUGGAUUGAGAAAAGCAGUGAUGACGAACUUGCUGACUACCUGCCACAGCUAGUACAGGCAAUAAAGUUUGAGUGUCACCUGAACAACGCCCUCGUCAUGUUCCUGCUGUCCAGAGCUCAAGGCAACAUUAACAUCGCCCACUACCUGUACUGGCUACUCAAGGAUGCAGUGCAGGACUCUACCUGGGGGCGGCGCUAUGAGCUGGUGCUGGGUGCCCUGCUGUGCCUGUGUGGAAGCAAACUGAGGGCAGAGCUGGAGAAACAGACUCACCUGGCCACUCUGCUGGGAACGGUGGCCGAGAGGGUCAGACAGGCGGGGGGAUCUACCCGACAGGCGACGCUGCAGGAGGGCCUUGAAAAUAUUCAGAACUUUUUCCAGAGAAACAGCUGCCGACUUCCCCUGAACCCGAGUCUGGUGGCUAAGGAGCUAAACUUCAAGGCCUGCUCCUUCUUCAACUCCAACGCCGUUCCCCUUAAGCUGGCUCUGGCCAAUGCAGAUCCAUUAGGAGAGGAAAUCAAUGUUAUGUUUAAGGUAGGAGAAGACCUGAGGCAGGACAUGCUCGCUCUCCAGAUGAUUCGCAUCAUGGACCGCAUCUGGCUGCAGGAGGGGCUAGACCUCCGCAUCGUCAACUUUAAAUGCAUCUCCACUGGCAAGGAUAAAGGUAUGGUGGAGCUGGUGCCUUGCUCUGAUACCCUCAGAAAGAUUCAGGUGGAAUAUGGCGUCACCGGAUCGUUUAAGGACAAGCCUCUGGCCGAAUGGCUUCGCAAGUACAACCCUGCUGAGGAUGAAUAUGAGAAAGCAUCUGAGAACUUUAUCUACUCCUGCGCCGGUUGCUGCGUUGCAACCUACGUUCUUGGCAUCUGUGAUCGCCACAAUGACAACAUCAUGCUGCGCUCCACUGGUCACAUGUUUCACAUCGACUUUGGCAAGUUUCUGGGCCACGCCCAGAUGUUUGGCAGCUUUAAAAGGGAUCGAGCUCCAUUUGUUUUAACCUCCGACAUGGCGUACGUCAUCAACGGGGGCGAGCGUCCCACCAGCCGCUUCCAGCUGUUCGUAGACCUGUGCUGCCAAGCCUACAACCUCAUCCGCAAGAACUCCGGACUUUUCCUCAACCUGCUGUCUUUGAUGAUGUCAUCAGGGCUGCCCGUACUGACUGGUUCCCAGGACCUGAAGUAUGUGUUUGAUGCCCUGCAGCCUCACAACACAGAUGCUGAGGCCACCAUCUUCUUUACAAGGCUGAUCGAAUCCAGUCUGGGAAGCAUAGCAACCAAGUUUAACUUCUUCAUCCACAACCUCGCACAGUUACGAUUCUCUGGCCUUCCUGCUAACGACGAGCCGAUCCUGUCCUUCUCACCCAAGACGUACACCAUGAAGCAGGACGGGCGCAUCGUCCACGCCUCCAUCUUUUCCUUCCAGAAGAGAUACAACCCUGACAAGCACUAUACCUACGUGGUGAGGCUCAUGAGGGACGGCCAUAACGAGGCCCAGUUUGUCUUCCGCACUUUUGACGAGUUUCAGGAGCUCCACAAUAAACUGACUAUCGUCUUCCCCCUCUGGAAGCUGCCGGGUUUUCCAAACAGAAUGGUGCUUGGUCGCACCCACAUUAAGGAGGUGGCUGCCAAGAGGAAGCUGGAGCUCAACAGUUAUGUCCACAACCUGAUGAGGAGCUCCCCAGAAGUGGCCCAGAGUGACCUGAUCUACACUUUCUUCCAUCCAAUUGCUCGGGAUGAGAAAACAGAGGGCUUAGAAACCCCACCCAACAUACCUGAGCCGCUGCUGAGUCCGACCUCUGGCCGGGUGGAAGGAGAAGUGAAGCUUUCUAUUUCAUACCGAAACGGUACUCUGUUCAUCAUGGUCAUGCACAUCCGAGACCUGGUCUCCGAAGACGGCACCGAUCCCAACCCAUACGUAAAAACCUACCUGCUCCCCGAUCCGCAGAAGACUUCAAAACGCAAGACGAAGAUCUCCAGAAAAACCCGGAACCCCACCUUCAACGAGAUGCUGGUGUACAGCAACUACAGCAAAGAAACCCUGAGCCUGCGGGAGCUGCAGCUGAGCGUGCUCAGCGCCGAGUCGCUGCGUGAGAACUACUUUCUGGGCGGCAUCACGCUCAGGCUGAAAGACUUUGACCUCAGCAAGGAGACUGUCAAGUGGUACAAACUGGCAGCCGUUCCAUACUUCUGACCCUGAACCAGCCUCUGACUCUGCCUCUUCAGACAACAACGGACGCAUUCAAAUUAUAUGGGAAGGGCUGCAGGUGGAGCUUUACUUGAAAAUACCGGCUACUCCAGCUCUCGUUUCGUAAAAACAAAACCCCCCGAAAAUCAGGAAAAGGAUUUAUCAUCUGUUGUUUUGUCAUAAGAUUUAUGGCUUUGUCAAACCUGGAAUAUAGUUGGGAAGAAAAAUGUUAUAAGAGGAAUCAAAUUAAGGAUUGUGUAGUUAUUAUAUUUACAUAACAUUAUUUAACCAUGCUUGCAGGGGGGGAAAAAAACAUGUAUCAUAAAUAUCCUGGAUUCAACCCGACCUGUUUCUGAUGAGUUUGAAUAGGAGAUCUCUUAUACUUGUUGCGUAGCGUUACUGCUUGUUCCCAUAUGACAUGAAUGUGUCUAGAGUUCCCUAAAGGGGCAACAGAAGUGAAUAAUCUACAAACCCUGAAAGGGGAGCCUCGUCUCUGUUUUCUCCCUGCCUGUAAAACUAAUCAAGAUUGUUUAUGUGACAAACAAUCUUCUUAUUUUGCCUCCUUUUUAAAAAAAAACUAUAACAAAGAGCUGUAAUAUUUUGUACAUUUUCUUAUUAGAGGACCAAAACGGCUUACUUUCAGAAGAGUUUCUAUAUAUACUGGUGUUUUUUUUUUGUUUUUUUUUUUGUUUUUUUUAAGGAAUAGAAAGGAGAAACGUUUCUACAGGUCAUGAUUUAUUAACUAUGUAGACAGGUAAAAGACAGUGGUGGUUUCCUGCCUUGCAGCAAACAUGUUAAAGUACAAUAGCCCAUCAAACUGGAUUAGAGGAAAUCCAAAAUUACCAUAAGAUUUCCUCGAGAUGUGCCAAAACUAACAAAGCGACAAAAAUAAACUACUCAUUGUAGGGACUCGGUAAGGGUGCCUUUGUUUGUUCUUGCAAUCUGUUUUUAAUGCACAAUUUAACCUUAUUGUUACUAAAUAUAAUUUCCUAAACAAUGUGGCAUGUCCUUAUGGAAAAAAAUGAACGUACCCCGUGAAGCUGUAUAUGUAGUUUCUGGUGGAAGGCCAGAACAAUCAAGAUUGUUGUAACAAUGAUUUAUAUAUUUUUUCCCUAAAUGCACACUUUGUUUCACGGUUUGACUUCUUUCACCCGGCACACCUUAAAGAGGCAAAUGUAAAGGCUUUGAAGCACAUUUCUUUCUAUGUUCUGAACAUAAGAAUUAUCAUGAGAUAGUUCGGUGGCAGGGGGUGGGGGGGACACACCAAUUGGGACGGGAGUCUAUCCUGAAAUCUGGAAAUGAGCUGUUUAAGCUCAGGCAGCUGAACCACACCUUCUCCAAGUGCCUAUAGAGGUCUGAUCACACUGUGAUGAGUAACCGGGCAAAACUAUCAGCACAAACUGGCAACGCAGUCCAGGAAAAGCAAGGUUUUAAGUUUUAAAUGGGAAAAUAUUGUGAAUUCUGAUCAGCAACUUGGAUGUAAAAACGUCUUCACAGAAAGGGAAUAUUAUCCUGUAUAAGACCACACACUGCCCUCCUCUCUCUGUAACUAUAACAUCUAAAGUUGUGUUCAUAUUUAAUAAAGAGAUAAAGAUGAUUCUUUUUUUUUCUGCAAUAGUUUUUAAAAGAUUUCACAUAUGCUUAUGGCACAUUAAUAUUACUGCCUAGAUCUGCUCUUUUAGUACCUGUUUGGAAAAAGGAAGAAAAAAAAAGUUAGGAAAGUUUGUGUUAACAUGGCCAGUUAUUUAUUUUUUAAUUGGUGACCUCUAGCCUGAACGGAUCAGUGUGUACUGUAAUCUCUUUCAUAAAGCAAAUUAAAUGUUUUUGAACAAAU